AUGCUCCUUCCCGCCGCCCCUGUCCCAGCCAUCGCACCAGCAAGGUCUUUGGAAGAUAUAAGCACUGACCACCAUUUUAGUCUCGACUCACUGGUUCUCUACGACACAACCACAGCAUCGGCCUCCUCGCCUGUCACUGCUGUUGUUGCUGCCACAUCGCCAACUCAGAACCAAGCCUUGAAACGUGCCCAGACCAUGCUCCUCACUUCCUCGCCGCGGCUCCUUGACUUUGAGACGUCUGCACGAUCAGGUGUCAUCGCCAAAGCCGAUGCCAUUGUCCAAGGAAACCUGGUCAUCCAGCAGGGCAUCCAGGUCAUCCAAGCCGAACUGAAGGAAAACUUCCCAGCCCUGAGGUCAGAGAUUGCCAGAAACACUGCCCUUCAACAAGAUCUUGCUAUUGUCCAGCAAGAAAUGUUGAAACUGCAGGAGCGCUCGAUCAGGAUGCAGCAAGAGGCCCUCGACCGUCUUGCCCUGAUCCAGAACAAGGUCGCCGCCAUCAUGACCCAGAACUACGAGUUACAUGAGUAUCCAAUCCCACGCCUGUUUAUUGUCUUGCCCAAGGAGAGUAUCAGCAUGACCGAGAUUCUAGGACGAGGAAUCAAGAACCUAUUCGCCGAUCAGUUCACGCUUUAUUUCCUUUGCGAGUGCGGUGAGCAUACUAAGUCAGUUGACGGUCAACCCACCAACCUCAACCUCAAGCACGAGAUCCACAUCGCCCGCCACGAGGGAUACGACAUCGACCGCCCGACAGAGUUCUUCGACAAGUACGAGUCGUACAUCCUCACGCUACUCCAGAUGCUCAAGUACGGCGUCACUAUCGCCGGUGUUGUUGUUCCGCCGUUGGGUCACCUCAACAUUGUGGAUGCCGUGGAAGGGACGCUUGGCGGCAUUAACACAGUCCUGCAGGAUCUCGGACCAAAGGUUGACAGUUCGAUCGCCUACAUAGAGGGUUUGAUAGGAGCCCAUAGCCAUCUGGUGUCCUAUGAUUCAUGUUCGACUUCCACGGGUCUGGGUGGACUGGAGGCAUUGGAAGGCGCAGAUCUCCGACAACUGGAGUCAUUUCUGAAAACCAAGGACGAGGGUCGAGUGCUCGGAAACCUGUACAGGAUCGUCACGUCAGAUGGUCAUGUCAAGUGGGUCUGUCUCGAUCACUACCACGAAAACUACCGCGCCAAGUCGACGCAAGAUCUCAGGGAUGCCGUGCAAGCGGCCGAAGAUGGAUUGUACGAUGAGGCCACUGGCAGCGUCCGCGUCGAGCUCCGUACUCCGAUCGCCGCGAGGAGUUUUUACUCGGUCCUUACGUACUCCCGUUCCGUGCAGUGCCUGAAUAUAACUCUCUGUUGGGCCCCUUCUAGGCAGGACCUCCGAGAUCUCGGCGACACCAUCAAAUCGACAAACAUCGUCGAGAUCACGAUCAGGAAGUCUCCUAGCGGAACACCACUUUCUGAUGUUUUCAACCGUGGUCGACGACUAGACCCUCUUCUUCAAAUGAUGUCUGGUGGCAACAUUCAGUCUUUUCGUUUGUGGGGUUGGGACGAAGGCUUCCUAGAGUGCAGCGGCAUUUUACCGACGACGUUCACUGUCCGGAGACUCCAUAUCUGGCAUGAGAAGAAUUGGCUAAAGAGUAUUCCUCGUCUUAUAAGCACCCUGCAAGCCAGUUCCCUAUUGUCGGAACUUACAGUCGAAGAAGUUAACGUCGACAAGGUUGUGGGCCCACUCUUGUCGGCAUUGGAGAGGGCCAAGCUGCCGCGGGCAUUAAAAGUGGCUAUCGGACUCGAACAAGAGUACUAUUCCUUCGCAUCCUUCGAGAUCGACGCAUUCACAGGCAUGGCCCGACCAACUUAUCUGCAAUACGACAGUAACAAACACACAGAGAUACUCUACCAUCCCUUGCUUCGACAGGUCCGCAUUCAUCACCAACAUGGACUCACUGUACUUCUCCAAAAUCUUCGUAUAUGUGUCAAGAACAACUCUGGUCUGCAGAGCAUCAAGGUUGUGUGCGCCCAGGAGGACUCCAUCAACUGGUUGCAGGCUUUCCAUAGAGUGUUCGCCGACUAUCCUCAACAAACACCUCGGCUCAUUUUCAUAAAUAGCAAUGACACCUCAACAGUGACAUCAACCACCAGCAACAUUCAGGACCUUUUAACAACUGCCAUCCACUUACAUGGAUUCAGCAAUGACUACCUAUCGGCAGGCUAUCUCGGCACUAUUCAAGACGACUGGGCAUUCACGGCCGACAUAUUGGUUUUGAAACCCGACACAACGCCAACAAAUAUCGCGGUCUUAUCAGAGUUCCUUCAAAAAAGACCAGUCCGGCUAAACUUUUCAGUUCUAAAGCUGACGCUUCGUGCCUCUUCGACUCCUGCUACCGUACCAGCUCUCAUCAAGCUCAUCAAGGAAUCCAGUGCAAUGAAGGAUACGGAGUUCGCGUUGGAUGUGGAUUACGGAGAUUGGAUGAGCCGUCUCAUCAAUGCCUCUCGCCAUGUCGCAGUUCAACGCCUUGCCAAUCUCAACUCAUAUCUGGAAAGCAAUCUCUCACAAUACGAUUUUUUUUAA